CACUACGCCUCUGUCUAACCUUAAAGAAAAAUAAAAAUAAAAGAAUAAAUUAACUCAGAGAUGUGGAGACAACUAAGAAAUGUUUCAAGAAUCAUUGAAACAACUUUUCUAUCACAACCAAUAACAAAAAUUUGCAAUACAAAUUUUCUGCGAAAUUUCACUGCAUUAUCCUUAAAAACAGUUGAUAGAAAUGAUAGUUUGAUGGAAAAUCUACCUUCAAGUUCAUCUUUGCUUCAAUUACAACCUGUUAUGAUGUCUUUAGAACGCGGAAUGAAGCGAGUGGGAAAAGUCAAAAGACGAUGUAAAAAUUGUUAUUUUUUGUGGAAAGAUGAAAAAUUGCUCAAUCUCUGCACGAGUCAUCCUCGACAUAGACAAGUGAAAAUGCAGAAGAAACCGAAAAAUACUUGGAUUCUUAUGGAUGCCACUCAAUCUCCUCAGCGAGCAUGGUGAAUGGACUCGAAAGCAGAACUUUCAUUAAUUCUUUUAUAGUUACUUGCAAACUUUGAAUAAAUAUAAUUAAAAUAAUUUAGAAG